AUGUUGCAGGAAAUUAAAAUAGCCGAUUUCGGCAUGUCAGACGAUAAAGUUCCGGUAAAAUGGUUAGCUCCGGAAACACUUCAAGAUAAAAUAUACUCGCUAAAAACAGAUGUCUGGUCUUACGGUGUCCUUGUUUGGGAAAUAUACGCAGACGGCGCAGAACCUUAUCCAGGCUUAACAAGACUUCAAACUCGUGCUAAAAUUGUUGUUCAGAACUACAGAAUGGAAAUGCCGAAGGAUACGCCGAAGAGUGUCGCUGAUAUAGUUUACUCGUGCUGGGAGAAAGAUCCUGCACGACGACCGGAGAUGUCAAAAAUUUUCCGAAUGCUCCGCGAAAUAAGCGGCGAUCGAUCGAAAUCUAGUAAUUAG